UUUCAUAUAUGCGCAGAACUGACGCAACUAUGAACUGAUGCAAUUACACAGUUAACGCACACAAUUACAAGCGCGCGCGCUCUGACAAAUUUAAAACAGUCAUCAAUUAACGAUCAAAAUGGACAAAUUUGUUAUUAGAGGAGAAAAAAGAUGUGAGGAAAAUGCUAAUGAAGGAACACAUGCAAACAAAAAGAGUCGUUGCAUCAGCAAUGAAGGUAGGAGAGUGCUUGAAGAAUGGAAGAAUCAAUUUGCAGUCAACGAGCGAGAUGGACAGCCUUUCUGCUUGCUCUGUAGAAAAAUACUGGGUGUAUGCAAAACUUACAAUGUGAAAAGACAUUUCGAUACCACCCACGCAACUUUUGACAAGAAAUAUCCACUUGGAUCUCAGGAAAGAGCUUUCCAGAUAACUAGUCUUGAAAAAAAUGCCAUCGCUGAACAGAAUACAAUGCGAGCUAGCUUAAAAGUGUCUCAGGCCGUGACAUUAGCAACGUUCAAAAUUUCCUGGCUCCUUGCCAAACACGGCAAACCAUUCAGUGAUGGGGAGCUAGUUAAGAACUGUUUUCUGGAAACACAAUGUCUGUUUGAUGAUCUGAGCAACAAGAACGAGAUAAUUCGUAGGAUAAAAAGUUUGCAGCUCAGCAACGACACAGUUACUCGUCGAAUUUCUGAAAUAUCUGAAAAUUUGACAGAACAACUAAAAACUAAGCUAACCACUGCUUCAGCUCUCAGUUUGGCAGCGGAUGAAUCGACAGACAUCGGAGACGUUGCUCAGCUUUGCAUUUGGGUGAGAUGUGUGAAUUCAGAGACCUUUGAGGGUACAGAAGAUUUAUUCGCGUUGAAAUCGCUACACGAACGAACACGGGGCGAGGAUAUUCAUAGAGCACUCAGUGCAGCAUGCAAAGACAUGAACAUACCGGCAUCCUCAGUUGUCUCCAUCACUACUGACGGUGCGCCCUCAAUGACGGGAAAACACAAGGGUCUGGUUGCUGAAAUGCGAAAAAUCUCCCCUGACUUGUUGGCAUUUCACUGUAUUGUGCAUCAGCAAGCACUAUGCAGCAAGUUAGUAGAUGGAUACUUCGUGGAGGUUAUGGACACCGUGGUCAAGGUGGUCAACUUCAUUCGAGCGCGGCCUUUAAUGCACCGCCGUUUUAUUGCGUUGUUGGACGAACUGGACAGUGCCUACGGAGACCUCAUUCUGCACAGUGAAGUGAGAUGGCUAAGUCGUGGGAAAGUCUUGAGUCGCUUUUUGGCUGUACUCCCCGAGAUAGUUCACUUUCUUAAUGACAUCGGCGAAGGAGAAAGAUUUCCAGUCUUGAGAGACAAUGCGUGGAAAACAAAUGUUGCUUUUCUUGCAGACGUCACAGCUCACCUAAACAAGCUGAACCUGCAACUUCAAGGUGACGGAAAACAUGUUGAUGAGCUCUUGGGCUGUGUUGAGAGUUUCAAAAUGAAGCUAGGACUGUACACUGCACAACUUAAAGAUAGUGAUCUAACUCACUUUCCACUUCUGAAUGACGCGUGUGAUGGUGUACUGGACAUGCAACAGAGAGAACGAUUCGUUAAAACUCUCAGUCAAAUGCAAGAAAAAUUCAUCUCUCGUUUUUCUGAUUUUGAGAAAAUAAAAUAUGCAGGACAUUUCAUCAGAGAGCCAUUCACUUUCCCUGUGGAAAAAAAUCAAGGACUUGGCUGCAACUUUCGGUUUGCUUCGCCGCGCGCUCGAAGAUGAACUGAUGGAUGUUCAGGCAAGAGGACACAGCCAAACCGAGCAGCAAUCAUCCUCAGUUGCAGAAAUGUGGCGAAACAUCUCUGGACAAAACCUCAGAUUAUUAAGUUCAAAAGUGCUUUCCAUAUUUGGACCCACAUACAUUUGCGAACGCACAUUUUCUGCAAUGACGCGCAUCAAGUCACGUUUCCGUGCGCGUCUUACAGACUACAACUUACAGUCACAACUUCAUUGUGCUGUUACUCCUUUUGAGCCGAAUUUCACCAAAUUGGUCGGCUCCCGACAACAUCAGGUGUCCCAUUAAUGUUUGAGAAAGCUUACUAGACAGCGUGUGAGAUCCGUUCUCCUCUCCAUUAGCCGUGUUUUCUCCGUUCUUGGCAGCGGUGGCUGCUGUGG